GACACCAAGGUUAACUGCAUACCACUAGAAUAAUGGCCACAAUUGUUCAGAAAAUCAAGGAAAUCGAAGAUGAGAUGGCCAAAACUCAAAAGAAUAAGGCCACCAGCUAUCAUCUGGGCCAGCUAAAGGCCAAGCUCGCGAAACUUAGGCGAGAUCUGAUAUCGCCAUCAGGAGGGGGUGGUGGUGGCGGAGGUGGCAUUGGAUUUGAUGUAGCUAGGACCGGUGUAGCGUCAGUGGGCUUCGUUGGGUUCCCUUCCGUCGGGAAGUCUACACUGAUGUCCAAACUUACGGGUACUCAUUCAGAGGUCUCUGAGAUAGAUUUCACGACCCUUACCACCGUUCCUGGGACGCUCAAGGUGCAUGGUGCACCCAUCCAAAUUUUGGACCUGCCUGGUAUUAUUGAGGGUGCGAAUGACGGUCGUGGUAGAGGUCGUCAAGUCAUUGCUGUGGCCCGAACAUGCAACCUCAUCUUCAUCGUGCUGGAUGUUCUCAAGCCUCUUGGUGACAAGAAAAUAAUCGAGGGGGAGUUGGAAGCUUUUGGCAUACGUCUCAACAAGAAGCCACCAGCGAUCACCGUACGCAAAAAGGACAAGGGUGGAAUCGCCGUCACGAACACUGUGCCUCUCACGAACAUUGACCACGACGAGAUCAAGGCGAUUCUCAGCGAGUACAAACUCAGCAAUGCAGAUGUCACCAUACGGGAACCAAACUGUACUUCUGAUGACCUCGUGGAUGUAAUCGAAGGCAACAGAGUAUACAUCCCUGCAAUUUAUGUAUUAAAUAAAAUCGAUGCCAUAUCAAUCGAGGAGCUCGACUUAUUGUACAAAAUUCCUAACAGCGUUCCAAUAUCAUCCAAGGAGUGGCUAAAUGUCGACGAGCUCAUUGAGAAAAUGUGGGAAGCGUUACAACUUGUUCGAGUCUACACCAAACCACGCGGUCAGUCGCCCGACUACUCUGCACCGGUCGUGCUCAGACACGGCAAAUCCGCAAUCGACGAUUUCUGCAAUGCAAUCCACAAAGAAAUAGCGAAGCAGAUGAAAUAUGCCGUUGUAUGGGGAUCCAGUGCUAAGCACGCAAGAGGGCAGAAGGUUGGCCUUGACCACGUUCUCGAGGAUGAAGAUGUUGUUCACAUUGUGAAGCGGUAGAUGCGAUGACUAUACAUCCGGGGACAGGUUACUUUGGACUCGCCCCGAAGGCAUUACUAAAAUACAAAAUACUCAGUCUCGUAAAUGCCCACACCAUUCCAAUAGCACAGUAGACGCUUGUGGCCAUAAGGGGCAGAAACUGAAUGUCAGGGUUUUUCCCUGCUAUCAUUGGGAUAGCCACGAAGAAAACCUGGAGGGGCAUGAAGCCUAUGACAUAGGCAUAUUCUAGUUGAUCUAAGAGUGCCAGAGGCCACGAAGGAGGGAACCUAAAACCAUUUAGACGAGAACUAAGAAUAGUCAUGCAACUCACUCGUAAACUUGUUUGUAAAGA